AUGAAACUUCUUGAAUUUGCUGCUGAAUGUAAAAAGAUUCCUGAUCAAUCCCAAAUCAAAGGUAAGAAUAUUCAACACAGUGUUGAAUAUUCAGUUUCAUCACCUAACAAAAGCAACAAAAGGUUCAAAAUUGAAGAGUCUCCUAGAGUUGGCGGUUCAACUGGUCUUGCAAAUUUACCAUUCCUUGAUAUGUAUGUGAAAAAGAUGAUGAGGGUUGAAUCGUUAAUUGAAAUAAAAAUGGAGGAAAGUAUAUUUGGUGAGGAUUUUUUAGAGCAGCUACGUGUAGAGAGUAUAAAAGAGAUUCUUGAUCACAAUUGGUUAAGUGCAUCUAUUAUCACUGUAUUUGCCAGAUAUUUGUAUGACAAGUUUAUUAGUCCAAAUGGAUUAAUAAAUAAGUUCUCCUUCAUUUCCCCACAUGUAUCACGGGAGGAUAAUCUAGGAAAUGCCAUAGCAAAGAUACUCUUGAAAGAUGAGGAGUUCAAGGAUAAGAUGAUUCUUGCACCUUGCAAUCUAGGGAAACAUUGGGUGUUGAUUGUCAUCAAUCCCGAUACUGAGGUGAUAUAUUACAUGGAUCCGUUGAAUGGUGAGCUAACAAAACAUCAAAAUUUAAAAACAAAGUUUGAGAAGUGA